GCGGGCUGGGUUCAAACGAUACUACGCAUGCUCAGAUACCCUUUUACGGUUAGCUUCUGAAAGCUGUCAGCUCAGCGAAUCGUAGAUUCCUUUAAUACCUCCAAAUAUUUCCCAGCACUUUCUUUCUCCGGUCGGUGCAGGACAUUUAAAUCCAGCUGUAAGUGUCACCGGCUUUGGAGUGCCACUUUUCGACGUCUGCAGCUGAAAGAAAGCGCAAAGAAUGACGAGCAGUUCAAAGCGGAAAGAAGAAAGUCAUCUAGUGAAUGGAGGAGUAAAGCAGUCCACAUGGAGCAAAGCCUUCAGCAGUAACGCUGUUUGGGAAGAGAAGGAUGAGUUCUUAGAUGUGAUUUACUGGCUCCGACAAAUUAUUGCAGUUAUCCUUGGUGUGAUAUGGGGUGUAGCACCACUAAAAGGAUUUCUGGGAAUAGCAAUAUUCUGCAUCAUCAACGCCGGCGUCCUGUAUGUAUACUUCAGCAGCUUUCAGCAGAUUGAUGAAGAAGAGUAUGGAGGCACAUGGGAACUCACCAAAGAAGGCUUCAUGACAUCUUUUGCGCUGUUUCUGGUGGUGUGGAUAAUCUUUUACACAGCUCUACAUUUUGACUGAGAGGAAUCUGUAGGACAC